CUCAUGUCCGAAGACGAGAUUCAGUCGUCUCGAUUUGCCGAGGCAUGCAAGUUGCGAGUCGUUGAGCAGGAACUCAACACUGGCGACACGCUCGUCUUCGUCGACUUCCCCGAUUUAUCCCGCCGCCGGUCGAGGCAAACCGACUGCUACGGGGUGCCUUACUCGUCACAGAAACUGCGCGUGCACUCGCAAAAGUUGCUCGCAACCGGCUCUGCCAAGUUUGCCGAGAUGCUGAGCCCGACGUACCAGUUCCGCAUCAAGCGACGGAAGAAGCUGACAAAGGAUCUUCCGGAAGGCGUCAAGUACGUUCUCGACUUGACGCCGCCAUCCGAGGGCGAUGACCUCGUCUCACAGAUGACGCAGCUGUCUCUCACCCCCGGGAUAAUCAAGUGGUGGGCCGCCAGCGGUCUUCACAAGGUCACCAACUGGCUGGUAUCUGGGCACGACGAUGUUUGCUCCUGUGGUCGACAGCACAUUCCAGGCUGGGGAGCCCCGAGACAAGACGGAACGGGACAGGAACAGGAUGGAGAGCGAAGCGUCAACGGAGGAGCGACGCUCUUCGACAACAAAAAGCCAGGUGGUAAUACCGACGACACCGUCGUCACCGCUCCUACGCCUCAAGACCUCCUCUCCAAGAAGGAGCAUGGGAUCAACCAGCCGUACGAGAUACCGGAUUACCGCAACAUUCCCGACUACUGCCCCAUACGCCACUGCAAUAGCAUCAUCCGCCUCCUGAUGAUGAUCGAGGGACAAGACAUCAUGCUCGACUCGGCGAAUCGUGUCUGGACACUUGUUGCGGUGGCUAAGAUAUUCGACUGCACAUCCAUCAUCCGAGAUCGAGUUGCUCAAUGGAUCAUGUUUUCCGAUAACACAAAGUUUAUCGAGGUCCUUCCAGAAGAGGCACUGCAGAUUGGGUUCGACCUGGAGCUGGUGCAGGUCACGCAAUGCGCUUUUCGAAUCCUCGUCAAUGAGCUGGCCCUCAAGGAGGCCGCCACCAAGGCGCCCCCUGGCGGUUCGAGCCCUGGCGAGUCGAAGCCCGAUCUUGAUUGGGUCACCGUCUUUGGCAGAAGACUGGGCAACCUGGAUGAUGAGCUGCACAACAUUGUCCAGCACGCUGCUCGGGCCCUUAUCGAAAGAGUGUCAGUGAUACCAGGCAUAUUCCGCGACCGGGAGACUCUCGACAAUUGGAUGGUUGAUGAAUGGGCCAAACUACGGAAACUGGAGGCAUUGCUCCAGCAGCAAUCCGAUGAAGCGAGCACCAAGGCUUCAAAGUCUCUGUCCUCGCUGCUGAUGGCAAUGCGCCGUAGCAUCUCGACCGCCUUUUUCCGGCUUUCGGUCGCAGCGACUACGGAGGGGAAGCAGGCGCUUGUUUCCAUGGAUGAAGACCGAGCUACAUAUGUGUUGCCGGAGGACUUCAAACUGCUCGAGGACAUCUUGCCCAAGCUAAAUAUCCACCAAAAGUUCCUGUGCCCGUUUGUAUACCAACAGAUGAGCGAGAUGUGGCACUCGGACCCUAGCCAGUCCAAAUGGAUAGCCAUGGCCUACCAGGAAUCGCCCGUUUCGAUCAAAUCAAACAUGGACCUUACGGUGGAUGACGUCCAGCGAGCCGUCACAGCAAACCCCGAGAUGGCAAGCCAGCCGUCUUGGGCGAUGUUCAUGGAUCCGGGGGAGGGGCCUCUCCGCGUCAAGAACCCGAUCGUUGACUUGGAAGCUCUCAACAGACAGAUUUACGAUGCCGUAUCGCCGUACAUCAACUUGUGGCUGCGAUAUGACAUUGAGCCUGCGCUGAACAUGACGCGCCACCUGCUGCUCACGCUGAAUAAUAACGAGAUGAAGUUUCUCCCUCUCUGGGCUGGUGGUUGCAACGAUGGCACAGGGGGCGUCUUCCAGGAAGAGCUUCCUCCUGCCUACUGGGGGCCGAGCGGGCCCGGGCCUGCCUACCAUACCGGCAUUACGAUUCCGUCGGCAUCCAGUACCUCUGGAUCGUUGGUUGACGGCUUCUCUACUUUCAACGUCAGAGGGAGCACCGUCAGGGGAAGCACGGUUGUGGGAUCUGUGGACGUGCAGGACGGGGCAUCGACAGUGUAUGCGCCCAAUCACGUCAUUGCCGACGACGUUUCCAUCGCAUCCGAGUCCUUUGAUGUGGAUGGGUCCGAGUCUUACCAGGAGGCACGAUUCGCGGUGCCAGCCGAGCAUCAGGACAUGGGUCACGCGGUGGACAUGCUGGUGGAAUCUGUGGACUCUGAUGACGAUACGGCGUCG